AGAAUCAGCUUGUCAUACUUUAGACUCAGACCUAUUACUAAAACACCACGGGGACGCUUUCUCUUUUUUUUUUUAGCACUUUUAUUUUGACAGGUAUAGUAAACAAAAACUGAAUUGAUAGCUUUAUUUUGAAAACAACAAACCGGAAGAGUUGCUGACGCAGGUUUGUUGACGACAACAGUCUACGUUGACUUCAGACGCCACAAAGUGAAUCGGUUGUAACAGAGUAGCUGGACUAUUACGCUUGUGUGUGUAUGUUUGAGUGAGCUGAACAAAGACAUCGCUGUGCAGUCUGUGUGUAUGUGAGAGCGCGCGUGUGUGCGAUGUCUUCGGAACUGCUGGUAGAUGUGGGCGACGACUCUGCAACGGCGCAGCUAGGACAGCUGAAGCUGACUACCAUAGAGGACCAGCAGUGGCCCGCUGAUGAGUCUUUCCUCAGCAAGUCAGAUGUUUCCCAGCAGUUUGAUGCCAGCUCUCCACACCUGCCCUGGGACCACCCUUUCUAUGACAUUGCCAGACAUCAGAUCAUUGAAGUGGCCGGUGAUGACAACUUUGGCAGGAAGGUGAUAGUGUUUAAUGCCUGCAGGAUGCCUCCGCAGCACCAGCUGGACCAUCAUAAGCUGCUGAUGUAUCUCAAAGGAACACUGGAUCAGUAUGUGGAGAGUGACUAUACUCUGAUCUACUUUCAUCACGGGCUGACCAGUGAAAACAAACCUUCCCUCAGCUGGCUGCUGGAUGCAUACAGGGAGUUUGACAGAAAAUACAAGAAGAACAUCAAGGCCCUGUACAUCGUCCAUCCCACCAUGUUCGUCAAGACUCUGCUGAUCCUCUUCAAACCAAUUAUAAGUUUUAAGUUUGGCAGGAAGAUCAACUAUGUGAGCUAUCUGAGUGAGCUGGAGGAUGUGGUCAAGUGUGAUCAGCUGGUCAUUCCUUCCCGUGUCAGAGAGUAUGACAACAAAUUAAGAGCAUCUCUGAAACCCACCACACAGCCUCCCAUGUCUCCUCCUCACAGCCAGGUGUUUGGUGUGCCACUAAUGCUGCUCAGACAGAGGGAUCCAGAUGGGGAUCCAGUUCCUGUGGUGAUGAGAGACACCGUUGGCUUCCUCUCAGAGCAAGGCUUGGAGAUUGAGGGCAUCUUCAGACGAUCUGCCAACGUGACUCUGGUGAAGGAGGUCCUGCUCAGGUACAACUCAGGUGCGACAGUGAACUUCAGAGAGAUGGAAGAUGUGCACCUGGCUGCUGUCAUCCUGAAAACAUUCCUGAGGGAACUCCCCGAGCCUCUGCUCACCUACCAGCUCUACAAUGACAUUGUGAACUUUGCCUCUGUGUCCAGUGAGAGUCAGGUGACAGUAAUGAAGACGCUGGUAGAGUCACUGCCAGAGGAAAACUACGCAUCGCUGCGAUACCUCAUCACAUUUCUGGCACAGGUAUCAGCCAACAGUGAGGUGAAUAAGAUGACCAACAGUAACCUGGCUGUGGUCUUUGGUCCCAAUCUGCUCUGGGGCCGGGACAACGCCAUGUCUCUCAGCGCCAUUGGACCAAUCAAUAACUUCACGAGAACCCUGCUGGACCAGCAGCAUCUGGUGUUUGCCUAAUCACCAGCCCUCUGCUCUGAGCUCUUUCUGCCAGUGUGAAACGCCGCUGAGACCCUCCUUCCCCUGCAGCAUUUAGCCUUUAGCUUACCUUAGGAGCAUCAUCAAAGUACUUCUGUACCUACAGCGCUCAGACAGACAGGUCUGACUGAUUGUCCCUUACAUACUGCGCACAUUUAAAAAGAUUCAGUGGACCAAGUUGCAUGUCAUUUGUGUGUCACCAGUCGUUCUGAGCGUCUUGUUAUUAUGUCUGGCAGCAUCUGGCAUUUCCAUUUGACUCGAAGCAUGAAAACAAGUUGAAACAGCACACAUGUUAGAGCUCAGGCAAAUAAUAAUAAUAAUAAUAAUGAUAGCAAAAAAUAACAGAAAACACUACAAAAUGUGACCGCCAAUAAACAAGAAAGAUCCAGAUCCCCAGUUUUGUUACAGCGAUAAAUUUGAGCCUUUUCUUCUACUGUUCAUGUAUAACAGCAUGAAACGCUGUGGCACGGCCCUGAUACCACAUGCGUGAGUGGGCACAGACAGGCUGUCGCCACACCCACUCUGUCAUGAAUAUACCAGGUUCCACUUUGGGUUCUCCACUGUGAGUCGUGAUAACUCUUGACAUCACUUUGCAUCAGGAAAUCAGUUUCCCACAAACACGUCAUGAGUGCAGUUAUGUUUUCCUGUCCUUUAAAUCAGUGUAGUGCUUCCAACAGUCUCCACGAGCACAACAUGAAUCUGAAUGAUGACGUGAAGUAAAUGGACUGACUGAUUCUUAUAUAGCGCUUUCCUACUCUCCUGGAGUAUUCAAGGUGCUGUAGACAACAUGCCACAUUCAUACAAGCACUUCUAAACUCAAGUGCAAUCUAACCAACAUUCACAACUUGGGGUUCAUAACUUGCCCAAGGAUACUUGACAUGCAGACUGAAGAAGCCAAGGAUCGAACCACCAACCUUCCGAUCAGUAGCUGAUCUGCUCUACCACAGAGCCACAGCCAAGUAGUUUCAUGUGGGUAUCAGGCCAGCACACUAUAAAGAGCUGUAACACUGGGGGAGGGUGACAUAAAAGCUCUCAUAAAUCUGAAAUCACUACAUGUGUGUGAAUGCAGGGUUAGUCAUUUCCUGCAGGUCAGUCAUAUGCCCCAUGGACUCAUUCCCACCUGCAUGUGUUCAUAUCUAUAUUCAGCCCUGUAUCACUGCCCUGCUUCAACACAGCGGCUGGCUAUCAUCUCUUAUCUCUGUCAGUAGCAGCUGGUCGUACACCCCCCCCUUUCUCAUUCGUACACGUCGUGUUGUUUUCUAUGUAGUGCCAAAAAACGUUUCACCUGUGUUACCAAAUGUCCUUUAUAUUCUGAUUCUGUACUAAAGAGAGGAUUGAUGAGGAGAGUGGAGGUGUGACUCAGGUUAACGUCAGAAUGGUGAACUUGGUACCGAACUUUGUGGACAAUCUAUGAAAUGCUGUACUUGGAGUGGCAGAAACCACCCACAGCUGUGCACGUG